GCUUCAACGUUUCUUUCCUUAUUUUCACCUUUUAGCGCCAAGCUCCAAGUCUCAAAACCCCGAGCCUUCUACAUGCACUAGGGUUUUGCUUAGCUACUGCGAUUCCACUAGUAGAAAAUGGGAACGGGUUCAGCAUUGGCUGGGAAAGAAGUUCCCGUUGUCGGAAGCGACGCCGUUCGCUGGAUCGAUCUCCACGUUCCUUCUUCCUCCAACAAUGUCGCCGUCAAUGGCGACGCCGCUCCUACCACCACCUACGACCGCGCCUCCUGCUUCGUCGUUGGAGAUCCUCCUACUUAUCUCAUCUGGAGAAUUCACAAGGCUCUACCUCACUCUCUCGAGUUGCUUGAACUCGCCGCUUCAAAGGAAUUCCCUCGCGUGGGACUCAGAUUCACUUUCCCCGACGUUCUGUGCCCCUUCGCGUUCAUAUGCAAAAACGAGAUUUCUGGUGCUUCUAGAUUCCCUUACUUGCUCUAUGUGUUGACUGUCUCUGGCGUCGGGUACCUCUUGAGAAUUCGAAAUAUUUCUGCAUAUGCGUCCAUUUCCAUUGUCCCUGUGGACGAGCUUCUGGAGGUUAAUGUGCGUGGUUAUAUUGCCAAUCAAGCGGCAGCGAUAGCUGCUGUGACAGCCACUGCCGGGGGUCUUGUUGUUGGCACGAGUGAUGGUUCUGUUUUCUGUUUCCAACUCGGUGUACUAGAACCCAGUGCUCCUGGUUUUGUCCAUGAGCUGAGAGACGAAGCUGGAAUCACUCGCUUGUGGGGUUUAUUACCACGGGGGAAAAUGGUAGGUACUGUACAGGAGUUGGUAAUUUUGGAGUUGCACGAGAAAAAGUUUGUAUUUGUUCUUCAUUUGGAUGGGACUCUACGUAUUUGGGAUCUUGCAUCUCACAGCAGGGUCUUUAGUCAUAACAUGGGGACUAUGACAAUGGCAGGUGCUACCUUUGUGAGGUUAUGGGUGGGUCAAUCUUACUCAGAUAUCGGCAUAAUUCCUUUGGCAAUAUUAUUUCGGGACACAUUGGAUGAAAACUUGGAGACGAUCUCUUUAUGUAGUAUCCUGUAUAAUAUUGGAGAUAAAAUCGUUUUUUCUAUGGAGUCUUCCGUGCAAAACAUUCCCUUGGAGGAGGGAAGAUGCCUUGAUGUUAAAUUAACAUUGGAGAAGAUAUGGAUACUGAAGGAUGAUGAAUUAGUAUCACACACAUUCUCCACAAAUACUGAUGAGGUAGAAGCAUUUUCUUAUGCUUUACAGGAGGAAUUUGUUGCUGAUCAACUAUUUCAAAGUUCAGAGCAUCAUGCAGAUGAAAUUUUACAGAUCACACAUUCAAUAUUUUCAUCUUCAAAGGAUGAUAUUUUACCUUUUGUAUCUUGUGUUUUCUUAAGAAGGUUGCUUCUUCCCGGGGUUCAUCAUAAUGCUACUUUGUAUGCAACUCUAGCUGAGUAUAGCAGGCAUUUGGGUGAACCUGAGUUGCAAACAUUAACUGCUGAUGGGAUAAAGAAGGAGAUACUUUCCAUCAUAGAACAUGAGGUUGGAUCUGAAAAGGUCUCUUUGUUGCACUGCUGGAAAAGUUUUUUCAACCGCUAUUUCCAUAAUUGGUGCAAGAGCAAUGCAUUGUAUGGUUUGCUUGUUGAUUCCUCUUCUGAUGCUGUUGGUUUAAUCAGAAGAAGUUCCAUUUCACUUUUUCGGUCUUUGGAAGAUAUUGAACGGAUCAUGGAGGGCUCUUCAGAUGAUGUUAGUGAGCUCACAGGCAUCAUGGAUAUUAGUGAUGAUGAUCUAGAGUGUGAAAUUCUAAUCGAAUUGGUCAGAUGUGUCAUGAGUUUCAGCCAACAGUUGGGCAAAACUGCUUCUUCUAUAUUUUAUGAAUCUCUUUUAACUACGCCAGUGAUCUCUUCUGAAGAUAUCAUUCGCUAUGUUGUAAAGAUACUAGAAACUGGAUAUUGUAUGUCAGGUCCAGUGUUCCAAACAUCUACUUCUGGGAAUCAUAUGGUUGUUCUGGAAAAGGAGCUGGCAGAUCAUAAAAGUUUGAGGAAACUUUCUGCGGAUAUGUUUUUGUCACUUCAAAGCUUGUACAAAAAGGCUUCUGCAUGGGGCAGGAUUUUAAAUGUAAUUGAGUGUUUCCUGAAAUUUUUGGUUCCGAAGAAAGUAAUACAAAAUUUUAAUACUGAAGUAUCAUCAAGCAUAAAUUCUUCCGUUGUAGUACAAACUACUUAUCAGAUUGCAAAAGUGAUGUUUGAAUCUGCCUGGGACUUUCUUCUAUUUUUAAGCUAUUUGGUGGACAUUAGUGGCCAGGUCCAUUUGACCCAUGAUGAUAUAAACAAAGUACAACUUGAGUUAGUUCCAAUGCUUCAAGAAAUUAUUUUUGAAUGGCUAAUCAUCAUCUUCUUUACGAUCACACCAUCUUCACUGGCUGUAACCGAGGACUUCAAUUCUAAACUUUCAUCACUACAAAUAGAUAGCAACAUGGGGAAAAGAUUGUUGAAUGUGAACCUGGGCAGAUGUGAUUUCACAUUGGCGUUUAUAUUCUUGCUCAAUGUUGGAAGUUCAUCCUUAAACCAUAGUCACUUUUCUUCAGAUCGCUUUUCAAAUUCACAGAGCUUUAUUAAUAGGGCAAGGGACUUCAUCAAUUGGAUUAUCUGGGGUCAGGCUGGAGGAUCUUCUACUUUCUUAAGCCGUUCUAUUGAUCUUGCAUUUAUUCUUUUCAAGCAUGGCCAGUAUGGUCCUGCUGAGCAAUUGCUUAUGAUCGCCGAAGCACAUUUACUAAAAGAGAAGACAUCCCAUAGUAUUCAAGAUGCUGAUGGUGGAUGGUGCAUACGUCAUCAUCUUCUAGGGUGUUGCCUACUUGCACAGGUGCAGUGUGGAUUACAUGCAACCCAGAAGGAUAAAAAAGUUUCUGAUGCCAUUCGCUGUUUCUUUAGGUCUUCAUCUGGAAAUGGUGCGUCUGAGGCUCUGCAGAGUUUAUCGGAUGACUUAGGAAUUUUGUAUCUUGGUUUUAGUGGUUGUACAUCAAUUGCUACAUGGAAGCUUCAAUAUUAUCAAUGGGCAAUGCAGUUAUUUGAACGUUAUAGCAUUAGUGAAGGUGCUUGCCAGUUUGCACUUGCUGCACUUGAACAAGUUGAUGAGGCUCUAUAUAUGAAAGAUGGCAACCGCACAAACAACUCAGUUAAUGAAUCAGUGACAACCAUCAAAGGACGACUAUGGGCAAAUGUUUUCAUAUUUGCUUUAGACCUUGGUCGAUAUUACGAUGCAUAUUGUGCAAUAAUUUCAAAUCCAGAUGACGAGAGCAAAUACAUUUGCCUGAGACGAUUCAUAAUUGUUCUUUAUGAACAAGGAGCUAUAAAGAUUCUUUGCAGCAAUAAACUUCCCCUUAUUGGUUUAGUGGAGAAAGUGGAGCAAGAGCUUGCUUGGAAGGCUGAACGAUCAGAUAUUUCUGCUAAGCCAAACUUGUACAAGUUGCUUUAUGCAUUUCAAAUGCAUCGGCAUAAUUGGCGACGUGCGGCAAACUACAUAUACAUGUAUUCAGCUCGUUUGAGAACUGAAGCAGCGUUGAAAGAUAGUGUAGGCAGUUCCUUGAUGUUGCAAGAGAGGCUGAAUGCACUCUCUGCUGCAGUUAAUGCACUACAUCUUGUUCAUCCUGCAUAUGCCUGGAUUGAUUCCUUGGUUGAGGGAAGUUCUCUUGUGAAUGAUCAUUAUCCAAGUAAGAAAGCUAAAAGAACCCCAGAUGAACAUUCAGCAGCUGAUAACGACGCAGAGCUUCAAGGCUGGCAGUCCUCAAUUGAUAUUGAAAAACUUGAGAAUGAAUUUGUCCUAACUUCAGCAGAGUAUAUGCUGUCACUGGUAAAUGUGAGGUGGACAUUUUCUGGAAAACAUGGAGCUCUGUCAGACUUGGCUGAGCUUCUUGUCCAAAACAAUUUAUAUGAUAUGGCCUUUACAGUCGUUCUCAGAUUUUUCAAGGGUUCUGCACUGAAGAGGGAGCUGGAAAGAGUGCUAUCUGCUAUCUCUUUGAAAUGCUGCCUUGACAAGGUGGAAUCCAAUUGGGUUGAAGAACGCAGUCAUUUACUAGCAUCAUCAAAGAAUGAGAUGGUAGUCCAUGGUUCACCUGUUACAGUUUCCACAACUCCACGAGCUGAAAGAAGCAACCAGUGGGCAACACUCAAGCUUUACCUUGAAAGGUAUAAGGAAUUUCACGGUAGAUUACCAAUUAUUGUUGCAGAGACACUUCUACGUGCAGAUCCUAACAUUGAAUUGCCUCUUUGGCUUGUGCAAUUGUUCAAGGAGGGUCAAAAGGAAAGGUUGUGGGGGAUGACUGGCAGGGAAUCCAAUCCUGCAUCUUUGUUUCAGCUUUAUGUUACCUAUGAUCGUUAUGCAGAUGCUACUUACCUUUUGCUUGAGUGCAUAGACUCAUUUGCCUCAAUGAGACCAGCAGAUAUAAUUAGAAGGAAAAGACCGUUUGCUGUUUGGUUCCCGUACACAACUAUUGAGCGGCUUUUGUACAGGCUAGAGGAAUUAAUUAGAAUGGGUCACAUGGUUGAUCACUGUGAGAAACUCAAAAGGAUGUUACAUGGUUCUUUACAGAGUCAUCUCAAGAUGUUGAAGGUGGAUUCAAAUGAUGCUGUUUCUGUGACUUCUUAAUUGUUACUUACACUGAUCACUGGAAGUUGUAGAUAAUAGUGGGAUCGCUGCUCUUGAUUAUUCGCUCUGUUCAAUGCAUGAUAUCCAGCGAAAAGGCCGCAGCAAGUUGGCAUAGAGUGUGAAAAUUUUGGGAUAAAAAAGUCAUGGUUGUGGAGUGUAUUUCCCUUUCUUUUACAACGAGGACAUGGCAGAAUUACUGAAUGAUGGUCAACGCCUAAUCUGUCAAGAAUUGGAGAGUGCAUGUCCUUGAACAACCAUAUAAAAUUUGUAUAUGAUUUUUAUCUACUGGAAAUUUUGGGCAAGGUUGACUGACUUUGAUAGAGUGCUGUGGCUAGAGAUAUGCAUAGUAGCUGUUCAACUGAUUUCAGGGAAAUUCGGUAUAGAAUGACUACUGGAUGAAUAUGUUCUAGCCCAAUUCUAGUUUGACAAUUGUUUAAUGAGCAACUUCAUUAGGGAUAUCAAACCCUAUUUGCCUACUAAAUAAAUGGCCAGUUCACAAGACCUUUUUGGUUUUGUUGUAAUGAUAUACAUUUUACUGACUGUAAUAACACAGGAUAGCGAUUUCUACUA